UCUCUGUAAAAUUGUAGCUAUUGAACGUUUAACUUCAGAAAAUUGUAAAACUGUUCCCAGGUCAGGCAUAACAACAUCGGCCGAAGAAAGGCGGAACCGAUUAUCAUUUAAAAAAUUUCCGGCAGGAACACGUUCAACAGAACACCGACUUCCGCUCAGCUGGAGAAUUUAAAAAUUUUGUUUUGUCUAGGCUGAAACUCGUCCUUCAGACAUGUCCACGCUGUUCCCCUCUUUGUUCCCUAGGAUGACAGAGUCUCUGUGGUUUAAUCUGGACCGGCCAUGUGUGGAUGAAACCGAACUACAACAGCAGGAGCAGCAGCACCAGACCUGGUUACAGAACAUUGCAGAGAAGGACAGUAACCUGAUGCCCAUCGGUCGGCCGGUGUUUGAGACAUUUGAUGAGGAGGAAGAGGAGGAUGAUGAAGAUGAAGAGGACAGUGAGGAGGACUCUGAGGAGGAUGAGGACAUGCAGGACAUGGAUGACAUGAACAUUUAUAAUGAGUUUCCUGAUGACGGCGAGAUAAAUGAGGUGGAUAUGGAGGGAGCAGAUCAGGACCAAGACCAGUGGAUGAUCUGAACCUCAUAUUUUGUCUCAGCACAGCAGAGGUGCACUAAUGUCUGCCCACACUGCUGGUCUCAUAUGAGAGUCAGAUGAGACCAUUUGGACACUUUUCAAGAACACACCCAUCAUGAGAACUUAAUGCCUUGUGUUUAGUCUGUCAUACUGUCACCUACUCAAGGACAACUGGGGGAGUGUGAAACAUAAAGCACACACAGUGCACAGAAAGGGGCGUGUGUGCAUGCGACUGAGUGCAUGCGGCCGAGUGUGUUAGUGUGAACUGAGUUGUUGAGUUCGAGCUCAGUGGUUUGAAGUAUAUAUGGUUUACAUUUAUAUAAACAGUGCUUGUAAAUAAAAUGCUGUUAUUUAAAUAUUAGCAUUAUUUACACUUACACCUUUGUGAGUGUUUUAGGAGAAGAAUCUUUCAGCCCUGAUGCAGAACAUUGUGUAAAAACAGUGCAUUAUGGGUAACCCCAUAACAAUAACCUGAAUCUUCAUCAUAUGAGCAAAUAAUGCAGACUUAAUUAAAACAGAUUCUGUGUUUAGCUCUUUGUUUUCUGUGUUUAGCUCUUUGUUGAAUUUUUAAAAUGACUGAUUAUAUAUUAGUAUUCAUUAGUUUUUUUAAUGUUUAAACCCAAAUGUAAUUCUAUAAUUUUAAAGAAAUAUAUUUAACUUUCAUGGAUGUGUGAAACUUUUAAAGAAUUAGAGUUGAAUGAAACAUUUCAAUGAGGCAAAAAAUAAACUCCUGAUUUUUCUUUCA